GCGCGUUGGAAGUGGCGAAUCGAGAUAAGAUGGUCGCCUCAGGAGUUGUUACGCCAACGAUGCAUAAAGCUGAAAAGAGAAGGUCAAAGAAGACUCAUGACACCUCCACACGGCUGCUUACCCCCACCCAUAUCCUGAACGGUGUUUUAGCUCCAGAAAAGGAGAGAAACCCUCGGCAGGAGAAGGUCAACAUGGCUGUUUUCUUGUGCCUCGCAAGGCUAGGAAUGAUCCAUCAGCCUGCUCUGGAUCCAGUGGUCGCACAGAACGUCCGAGUCAUUAGCUCAGAGGAAUAAUAGAACGCCGACUCAUGCUUCCGCGGACAACUGUUUGUCCUUCGGCAGCCAAAUUCUCUGGCUCUUCUUUACCAUCGUUUUACUCAGGCAUGCUUCUAUUCCCCUAGCGGAAAAGGUUAAACUUGAUUCUAAUUGAGAGCGGCGCGUCGGAGUUGCGAGGCCACACUCCAUAGCACUCCAUUCGACGCGAACUCGACGUGACUGACCCCCGAGGAUCUCCAUGCAGCAAUCCGCGUAUCAUGUCAGGACAGCAAAGUCUCUCCACAGCCCUAUUCCAUUGAUUCUAUUGCGCAUCUUCCCAGUAACUUCCAAGAGCCUCCCCUUCGUCAGAAAUUAUAUAUAUAAGCAAGCAGUCGACGUCGCCCCAUUCACUCUUCAUUUCACAUCCCUUUCUUUUACACCCCAAUGGUUCAAUUCAAAUCUUUCUCUUUAUUUCCUCUCCUUGUCCUUAUUGCAGAAUCUGACAACGUGUUGGCUGGCCUCGGCGUUGUUAUGCACUGUGGACGUCACGGCCUCUCUCAGCGUAGCCACUGUCGACCUCGUUUGUUGAGCUCCACGACCCCAGCUGUGACGACUGCCGUGAACUUCACCAGUGUUGACCCUAGUUCGGUCAUCGAUCUAUCCCGACCAAUUCCCAAGGUGCCGACCCCGCACCCGGCGACAGCCACCUCCGCUGUCGUUGCGACAACCAGCUCUCUCUACUCUUUCCCCAAACCUACGGCUCAGUCGUUGACUCCGAAUAGCAUCAAAGCUGGCAUUGCAGGGGGUGACGCUUAUCCUUUCUUGAAGGACCACAUAGGAUGGUGGUAUGACUGGUCUCCAAACCCUUCAAAAGCUGGAACACCCGUUGGCGUUCCCAUGCUGUGGGGAGGCGGAACAGCCGACGCGCAAGACGCCGCUCGUCUCCGACAAUUUCAACAAAUAUCACAAGCCCCCCCAUUUGUUCUAGGUUUCGAGGAACCCGAUUGUGCCAGCGGCGACGGGUCUGCAGGCAUGUCCGUCGAGGACGGAGUGUCGAAAUGGGAGUCGUUGAUCGCUCCCUUGGGCAAGAAAGGAACAUUACUUGGGAGUCCCUCCAUGUGUAAACAAGCCGAUGAGACUUGGCUUUCGCAGUUCAACAGCAAGAUAUCGACGCCCUGGCACUUUACAGCCAUUCACAUUAACAAGAACAGUUUGGCUGGUGUCAAAUUAGAUAUUGAACAUUAUCUUUCCUAUGGCAGGCCCAUCUGGGUAACCGAAUUCGCCUGUGUCGAUGAUUUUCAGGGAUUUAGGCCCUGUACGGACCAAGCUGAGAUAGAUGGGUUCAUUAAUGAUGUGGUGCCAUAUCUCCAAGCGCACCCCAAUGUGUACGCUUAUGGUUACAGCAAUGGGUUGGGUCUUGGUGAUGUCUGGCCAUUAAUGUCUGGCAAUUCUUUGAGUGAAUCCGGCAAAACUUACCUCGCGGCCAUCAGCAAGUAUCACUAGAAUUGAUAUUCCUUCAUAUGCUUCGCAUCUUCAAGGGCUGCUGGACGUUGCCUGAUAUACAUUCAACUGGACUCUAACAAAGAGACAUGUACCACUUAUAUACCAAUGAAAAUAGCAUGAAUUAGU